UGGGCGGUUUAUUUAUACAUCAAAUUUUUUUUUUCGCAAAUUUUUUACUAAAUUUCAGUUCACCAAAAAUCUGCCCUUUUAGGCAGGAAAAUGGCAAAUUCUGAAGUGGUAAAACUUCAACAGCAUCUUUCGCUUCUGAAGCAAGAGUACUCGAAGCUACAAACAAAAUACAGAGACCUGGAGAGUCGUUAUACAUAUAUUGCAGCUACAAACGGUGAUUCUACUGAAAAUGAUAUAAGUAACAGUUUUGCUUCAAGAUUGGUUAAUACUAUUUCGAAUCUAUAUGAUUCCGACAAUUACAGUGAUAUUAAAAUCAAAUUCUUAGACAAAGUAAUGCCGGGUCAUAAAAUAAUCCUAACUGCAAGAUCUAAACUAUGGGAUGAAGAUUAUCUCAUCAAUAAAUCUGAAUUAGAUUGGACGGAUAUGGAUCCAGAAGUAGCAGAUGCAAUUGUGCUAUGGUUAUAUAAAAGCGAAGUCAGGCUGAUAUCAGAUAAAGUUACCCUGAAAUUAAUAAAAAAAGCUUAUGAGUUUAAGCUGGAUAGUUUAGUGGAAACUUGUGAACAAUAUCUCAUAUCAGUUGUAAAUAUAAGAAAUUGCGUCAAAUUUUAUAGUGUUGCCGAAGAAGUAAAUGCUGUUAAUUUGAGAGAAUAUUGUUCAGGUUUAAUAUCAACACAUUGGGAUGAUCUAAAUUCUUCCGAUUUUGAGCAUAUGAGCGGUCCAUUGCUUUAUCAGAUGUUGAAAAGUAAAACUCAACUGCCGUUGCAUAGUGCAGUCAGAUUGCAGCGAGAGGAUGUGGUGUUUUUGUGUUUGGUUGAAAAUUCAAGCAGGCUUUCAGAUGUGGUCAAUGUCUGGUCCCAACAAGGCGACCUGCCUCUGGAACUGGCUCUAAGGGGAAAAAACGACAGCGUCGCCUCGACCCUCGUCCAACACAACGCUGACGUCAACAUCCGAGACUCCCAAGGCGAGUCUCUGUUACAUAGAGCCGUCAAGCGAGCUGACAGUUUUGCAGCACUAUUUUUAUUGGACAGCAACUGCGACGCGACUCUAACUACAAGAAACGAAAACGACUCGGCACUACAUCUGGUUGCUGGCUCUCCCGACCUGGAAGAUUCGGAAAAGAUUGCUGAAAAGUUGCUAAACAAAAACGUCAACGUUAACGGGCAAAAUAAACUCGGCUACACGGCGUUGCAUAUUGCUGUACAAGCUGACAACGCCGCUAUAUUUGAUAUGCUUAUAAAACACGAUCAAAUAAAUCCCAACAUAAAGACAAACGACGAGCAUCCCGCCCUCUACUACGCCUACAACAAGUACGAAAUGGACGUGUCCCACUAUGCAGAAGCACUUCUUAGCAUCGGCGCGCAAACUGACCCCCUCUACUCGUCACACGCAUGCGCCGACCUGCUCCAAACUCUGGUGCUCAAUGCUGUGAGACGAGGUGCUGCGCAUCUGGCUGCGCACGUGCGAAAUUUGAAUCACGUCAACGUGGAAGGCGAAACCGCCUUGCAUCUGGCUUGUGAGAGGGCUUUUGAGGAUUUAGUCGAAACACUGGUUAGUCUAGGAGCUAAUCCGAAUAUGUUGACAAACGAAUUAAGGCAGUCCCCGUUGCAUUAUGCUGUUAAAAAUAAUGCAGCAGUAUGUAUAGAGGCAUUAAUAGAUCAUAAUAAGGCUUUGGAAGAGAAGGAUAAUAGUAAUGGCGAUGAAAAAAGAUUAGCAGUGAAUUUCAACCAAAGAGACAUCAACGGAGAUACCCCCAUUAGUCUGGCCUUAAAUCUACGAUUCAAAGACCUUGUACCUUUAUUAAUUAAAGGCAAAGCUGACAUAAACGUAAGAAAUGGCAAAGACUUCACCCUACUUCAUCAAGCUAUAUUAAAAGAAGACGCUUCUACGGCAGUCUAUUUGCUCCAGCAAGGCGUGGACAUAAACGCCCUGACAUCAGAAAACGAAUCUCCAUUACAGCUAGCCAUCCAUUGUAGACUUCCCGAAGUAGUCGACGCACUUUGCACCAAAGGUGUAGAUAUGUCUGCACCAGACCGCCUAGGCGAUUGUGCUUUAUGGGCUGCCUUGGAUUCAGAUCAAGAAGACAUUGCCAGUAUUUUGGUGAGGCACGGAGCUGACACUGACUGUUGGGGUCCGGGACCUGAAGGUUGCAAACAAACUAUUCUGCAUAGAGCUAUUGAUGAAAACAAGGAAAAUGCUGCUAUUUUUCUUAUUAGGUCCGGAUGUGACUUGGAGUCACCUAGAUUGGCUGGACCUAAUGGAGAAGGUGGCGAUGAAGUUAAAGAUGGCCAGAGUCCAUUGCAUUUGUGUUGUCAGUGGGGUCUAGAACCCGUUGCCAGGGCCCUAAUAGAGCAUAGGGCUAAUGUAAAUGUUCGAGAUGCAAGCCUGAGGACCCCAUUACAUACUGCUAUUGAAAAUCAACAAGAUGAAAUAAUUUCGUUACUUUUAACUGUACCUGAAAUCGAUCUUAGUGUUUUGGAUAAGAGUGGUUUGUCUCCGUUUGCAGCUGCUCUAACUUCAAGGAACAACAAAGCAGCUCAAUCCAUCUUGGACAAACUCCCUUCGGCGGCUGAACAAUACGACAGUAAAGGUCAAAAUUUCCUUCACGUAGCAAUAAAAAAAGGCGACAUAGAGAGCGCUCUUUUUCUAUUAACGGUCAACGUAGAUGUCAAUUCUAGAGUGCAAGAUUCUCUACUAACUCCUCCCAUCCAUUUAGCAGCGAGACACGCGAAUGAAACUCUAGUUAGAAGCCUAAUUCUUGCAGGUGCAAGAGUCGAUGACAAAGACUCACAAAAACAUACAGCCUUGCAUAUAGCUUCCGAAGCUGGCAACGCUCCAGCUGUGUCAGCACUUUUACAAAACAACGCCGACUAUAAAGCUGUGGAUAUGGCAGGAGAUAAUGCUCUACAUAUAGCUGUUAGAGAAGGACACUUGAAUGUAGUUCGAGUACUACUUACUGAAUCAUCGAUAGAUGCUGAAUAUAUGAAUAUUAAAGGAAGAAAUCCGCUUCACGAACUUUGCCGGUGCGCUAAGGACAAUGCAGCGGCCAUUUGUGAAUUGUUUUUAGAAUCCAUGCCCAAGUAUCCCAUAAAUACUCCGGAUAUUUAUGGAAAUUCGCCGUUGUUGUUGGCUUAUAUGAAAGGAAAUGGGAAUUUGUGCAGAGUUCUGGUUAAAGCCAACGCCUGCCUAGCCACAGAAAACGCGGAUCGAAUAACAAUUUUCAACUAUCAGGUGCCCAGCAAGCAACUUUUAACGAGACUAUUGGAUCAGCUAGCUCAAUCGGCUCCGUGGGCUCAAACUGACAACUGUCAAGAGUGCGGUAAAGGUUUUUCGAUGACGUCAAGAACCCACCACUGUAGGCAUUGUGGUAGAGCGCUCUGCAGCAAAUGCAGCGACCAAGAAGUCCCUAUAAUUAAAUUUGGCGAUAUGAAGCCUGUUAGGGUAUGUCAAGUGUGUUUCAAUGUUCUCAAAAUGGGUACUAGUUAAGAGAAAUAAUUAGCAGCCCGUGGAUGUAACAAUAUUAUUGAACUAAUUGCUAAUUGAAAAAAUUGAUAUAUUUUAAUGUGAGUACAUAAUACAUAUAAAUAUUUGAAGAUGUUUGGUCUUAAUUAAACUUUUGUCCAAUAAUAUUUUCCAGGCUGUUUAAUAUUUCAUUCCAUAAUAUGUAAUAACAGAAGCUUUAUCUAUAAUACAUUUUCCAAAUUAUUAUUUAAAACUUAGAUAGUUAAUUAAUUGCACUUUUUUGGUAUCCAAAUAAAUUUUAUUUUAUUUUUAUAUUAAUAUUUAAGUGUUAUAUUAUUGUUUGUAUAUUUUAAAAUUUAAUUGCAUUAUUUACAAAUUGUAAUUUUAUAUAUUUUGUUUAUAUAAGCAAGUCAAUUUACCCUGGCCGGUAUCAGAUUAAAUUCCACGAAAAGAUACAUACAUACAAACAAACCGGCCACGGUAUUUCGUCUUUACUAUACCUAAUAAAGGUUUUAAAAUUGAA